GUCGAAAACGCCAACCGAACGAUUGUGGAUGGUCUAAAGAAACGGCUGGGAGAAGCAGGAAGCAAGUGGCUGGAAGAGCUCCCACACAUCGUAUGGGCAUUCCGAGUAACACCCAGGAGGGCUCACGGGGAAACUCCAUUCUCCCUAACCUAUGGGUGUGAAGCAAGGCUGCCCAUCGAAGCUGAAUUCCCCACGUUUUGGGAGUCAAAUUAUCAACCCCAGCAGAAUGAGGAAGAUCACUUGGCCGAACUCAACUUGGUCGAAGAGCGGAGAAUGGCCGCGGAAGUCAAAAUGAGCACAUACCAACAAGUUGUGAAGAAGUACCAUGAUAACAAGGUCGGGCCGCGAUACUUCCAAGUUGGAGAUGAAGUCCUACGAAGAAGAGAAGCAAGUAGACCCGGCGACGGGGGAAAGCUAGCAAAAAACUGGGAAGGCCCGUAUAGG